AUGCCCGACCAAGUACUCGACGACAUCUCGCAUCGCCGAUACAACCCAUUGACGGGAUCGUGGCUCUUGGUCUCGCCUCAUCGCACCAAGCGGCCUUGGCAAGGCCAGCAAGAGGCGCCAUCCAAAAAUGUCCUUUCCGAGUACGAUCCCAAGUGCUACUUGUGUCCGGGCAACAAGCGCGCCCAGGGCGACAGCAACCCCCAGUACUCCAACACGUUCACUUUCGUCAACGAUUAUAGCGCCGUGAAGGAGGAGCAACAGGAAUACAACCCGGAAACCAAAAAGGAUGACGUCGCCUCCCUCUUGCUGCAAGCCCAGCCGGUCACCGGCCGGUGUUACGUCCUGACCUUCUCCCCAAAGCACAACAUCACCCUAGCCGACAUGGCCGCGGCGGAAAUCGUCCCCGUCAUCCAGACCUGGACGCACAUCUACGCCAGCCACCUGUCCCCCACCCACCCUCUUAGGGCGCAGGCCGACAAGACCCUUGCCAGCAUCCCGGCCAUUCCAGACGGCGAGGUGGACUUCCCCAAGGCCCAGCUGCGGUACAUGCAGAUCUUCGAGAACAAGGGCGCCGCCAUGGGCUGCUCCAACCCACACCCGCACUGCCAGGUCUGGACGACCAGCACGCUGCCCGAGGAGCCGGGCAAGGAGCUCGCGCAAAUGGCCAAGUACCGGAGCGAGCACGGCCGCCAUCUGCUGGCGGACUACGCCAAACUGGAGAUGGAGAAGCAGGAGCGCGUCGUGUGGCAGAACGAGGGCUUCCUCGUCGUCUGCCCGUGGUGGGCGGUCUGGCCGUUCGAGGUGCUCAUCAUCGCGAAGCGCCAUGUCCGCGCGCUGAUCGACCUAACGGACGAGGAGCGGCUGCAGUUCGCCGAGGCGAUGCAGGAGGUUACCAGGCGAUAUGAUAAUUUGUUCGAAACCAGUUUUCCGUACAGCUCCGGCAUCCAUCAGGCGCCACUCGACUGCACCAAGGAGGAGGCUGAGACCAGCUGGUUCCAUAUGCACUUCUACCCGCCACUUCUUCGGUCUGCUACCGUGCGGAAAUUCCUCGUAGGAUACGAGCUGAUGGCCGAGCCCCAGCGGGACAUUACCCCUGAGCAGGCGGCUGCGCGCCUGAAGAACUGCGGCGGAGAGCUGUACAGCAAGCUGUUGAACUAA